AUGUCGUCUGACAGUGACACUCGUACCAAUGACUCUCGCCCUUCUGACUUCAAUGAUGCUCAGGAUGCAAUCUUAUCGGGGUAUGCUAACCUUGAGUUUGAGAGCUCCAGGAGGUCUACUCCAGAAAGUCAUUUUGGAUGCCUUGGGUCUGGCGGUGGCCAAAGCGCCCCUGCAUAUUCCUGUGGAUGCUAUAAGCAUGUUAUAAGUCUACUUAAAAGGAUCAAAUCUUCACCUUCACCUCCAGACAAUGAGCAGGCAUUUCAGCUUGCAGAUGACUUUGGAGCGGAACAACCAAAGCCACAGUUGGAAGCUCAAGAUGGCGAUCACUAUAAUGCUGAUGCACGUCGUUCAAAGCGAAAGAGGUCUGACGAUCAUGAUGAUGUUAUUCCACGUAACUUUGGCCAGGACAUGACUAGCAUGAGGGCAACAUCAGUACCUGUUGUUGAGCGUCAGCCACCUGUGAAACGCAGGAAGAUUGGAAGAUCGGCACUAGCCAAGGUCAUGCAGGAAGUUGUGGGAUUGCGUGAAGCUGUGAGUAGGAUUGAAACGGUCAUCGGCAGGCAAAACGGAGUUAUUCUUGAAAUCUGUAACGCUAUUGAAAACCAUGGGAUGUGA